CUUCCUUUCUUCCAGCCUCGCCUCGCGCUCACCUCAUCACCUCUGGGUUUUUUCUUCCUUGGCCUCUCUUACCAUGGCUUGCCAUGUCCUUCUCCUCUAGUAGUCUAGUUUACCCCCACCCUCGCGCUAGUUCCUCUCUGCUUUUACCUUCACCCCCUUCUCUGCCAUGGCCUACGACCGAGGAGGGGGCCGUGGCGAGCAGCAGCCGCGGUACGGCGACCCUGCAGGCUGCUCCGCGCCCGGGGAAGGAGGCGGCGGCGAACCCAUGGCGCCGUAUCGUCCCACUGCCACCGGCUUCGUCUGGGCGCCGCUGCGCAUGUCGGGCCGUCCACAGCAGCACGAGCCCCCGCCGAUGGUCGACGUCGUCGUCUACUACGGAGCAAGGGCGGCCAUCCCGGCGCCGCACGAUCAGGCCGCGUACGAGCUCGGCGGCGCGGUCCUGUGGCGAUCGGCUCCUCUCAUGGAGGAGUCCACGCUGCCUCCACCCGCUGCGGCUGGUGGCGAGGCGGUGGCGGUGGCGGCGUCGGACAUCGAUCCGGUGCGGCCGGGCUGUGGGGCGUCCAAUGGGAAGAAGGUGAUGAUCGAGGAGAACGACCUCUUCUGUGACUUCGUUAUCAAUACAAAGACUACUUCAAGUCAAACAAGCAGGAUUCUACCUGAUGAGCUCAUCAAGUUGCACGGGUUCACAACUCUUGGUGGCAAACGGCCAGCAUAUGACGGAAGAGAGAGUCUCUAUACCAAUGGUUCACUUCCUUUUGAAUCAAAGGAGUCUGUGGUCAAAGUAUUUGAUCCAGAAAAGAAUGCUAAAGAAAGGGCGCAAAAGGAAUUUAAGAUCACAAUUGAAAUUGUUGGCAAAACAAACUUGUACCACCUCCAGCGCUUUCUGCUCGGAAAGCACAGGGGCAUAGCCCAAGAAAUCAUCCAUGUUUUUGAUGUUAUCCUCAGUGAUAAACUUUCUCGGAAUCAUGUCACAGGGCCCAGAUCCUUUCUUUGUACUCAGAUUGGUCACCAGGGUUACAUUGGUGAUGGACUUGACUCUUGGAGAGGUUACCAUCAAAGCUUGCGCCUGAGAAAGAUAGGGAUUUCACUCAAUACGGAUAUGUCUGCAGCAUCCUUUAUGCCUGUGAGAAUUAUCCAAAUUAUAGAUGGGUUCCUGAACAUAAGUUACACCUCAAGACCUUUGUUAGAGCGGAACCGUGUGCAGCUAAAGAAAGUAUUAUGUCAUGUUUGCAUUGAAACAAACCACCAUGAUGACCAAAUCGGAAGAUAUAAGAUAACAGGGAUCACCCCUAUUCCUAUGAGCAAUAACAUAUGUCCUGUUGGUGAGGAAGGAACAACAAUGACUGUUCUUCAGUACUUCUGUGAUAUGGAGAAAACAGGUGUGCCUAGUGUUGGACAUUGGAACAUCGCUGAAGAGAAAAUCAUUAAUGGAGGAGCUUUGGAUAAUUGGACUUCUCUGAAUCUUUCACGAAUGCGCCCGGAGGAAGUACAAAGGUUCUGCAGCGACCUGAUUCAGAUGUGCAAUGCCACUGGAAUGUCCUUCUAUCCAAGACCAGUUGUGGACUUCCGGUCAUCACAUCCUAACAACAUACAGAAUGCUCUGAGGGAUGUUCACAGGCCAAUGCAUUCCUAUGUUGAUUGUGAUGAGAAUCAUUUUUAUGCUGAUGCUCAUUGCAACUGUACCGUGUCUGUGGUCCCCUCAUCAUCGAACGACAAAGUUGCUGUGGAACAGGAGGAAUUACAAUUUGCCUCAACCCCUGGCAACAGUGGACAGGGCAAAUUUCAGGUUGGUUUCCUGCUGAACAGACAGACGAUACUAGUAGAUACAGAAAAUGACGACUCAGUUUCUGCUGUUAUCCAGCAGGCAAUUGAAAAGACAAAUUAUUGGCCAAAGGAUGUGUAUUACACAUACUCCAUGGGCAUGAUUGACAAAAAGAAGAUGGUGAAGGAAUCACAUCUCUAUAAAGGUUCUCUCAUAUUUGUCAAUUCCAGAAGCCGGGGCGGUGGAGAGCCUCCUGCUGGUUGCGAGAGGAUUGUUGAUAGAAUGAUUAAGGCAAACAAAAUUCCUCUACUGGAUCAUAUCCAUAGUGUGAAGGGGCAUGAUCCCUGGGCUGAAUGGUUUGAGCGUGUGAACUUACCAAGAUCCCUUUUAACAUCUUCACAAGAAUGGGGUGGUGUACUUUUGCAAGAUGCAGCAGCUAAAGUUGGACAGAUGUUGGCUCUCUGUCUGGAAAGGGCCCAUUGUUCUGGGAAAUGUUUUGGUGGCUUUGACAUACGUGAUGUCUAUUAUAUAGAGUAUUACCAGUUGAUUGACAUUAAUGCCCCCAUGACGGAUUUCACAAGUAGAAGAUAUAUAAAUGAUUGGUUAUCGUUCAAUAAGAUUAUUGAUGACCACUUUAGAUACACUGAUCCAACCUCAGGUUAUCUAUCAUAUACACUGUACGUGGAAGAUUUUAUGUUCAGAAUAUCUUUACUUGAAGAUGUGCCAUCUACUGGACGUUCUUGGAGGGAAAGGGCUGUCUUUUUCAAGAAUAUCAGCCUUGAAUCAUCAGAGAGGAGAGUCCAGAUUGUUGAAGGACUUGUGGGGUUUUAUCGUGAAAGACUCACUUCAGACAGAGAAUUAUUCGAGGAGGUAUUGCAGGAUUGUGGCUAUUGGAAAAGACAAACAAGAACGGUGCCUCGUAUGAUUUCUGCGUUGACAUAUUCUGUAAAGAAUGAAUUGCAGGACUGGGUACCUGCUAAUCAUUACUUUGAGAAUUGUGGGUAUUCCCAGCUUUAUUUCUGUAGAUGUUUCUUUGGACAUUAUACAGUACCAGGAAGGAUCACGAAGAAGGAACUGGAUACAGCUGUAGGCAUACUUUUGCCAGGUCAUAUCCCAAGGGCUCAAAAAAGACUGAUGGUCAACUAUGAGAAGACCCAAGUAGAUGCUGCAGUAUUGUCACCAUCAGGAAAUACUGCAAGGUUCAGUGUGCAUCAUAUUUUUGGCAUUGGUUCUGUUGGAAAUGACCUGGCUCUCCCACAAAUAAAAAAGGCUCUUCCUCCCUCGCAAAGAAAAAGGAAACAAACUUGUGACAAGUAAGUCUAACUAGCCUACUAUACACAUGUAGCUGCUUCUCUGCAAACUUCCCGUUGGUAGCAGAGAGCUCUGAUGGCAGCAGCGGGCAAGCUGUGGAGGUGCGUUAACUUCCCAAAGAUCAAAGGUUCCCAACUGCUUAUAUGAUGAGAUGUUGGCGAUUCCCAUAGAGAUGUGGUUGAUGAAGUUUAGUUGAAGAUUCCCAACUGCUUAUAAGACUUCUCUUGAACUGGUUGCUGGUAGUUUUUUUUUUGCUGCUCGUUGUAGUAGAUUGUCAGUGAGCUUCUGUGGUAUGCAAGGCACUCAGCUUGACACAAUGCAACUAUGCCAAGUAUGUUAAGUUCCCAGUAGUUUUGUUAUCUAACCUUUGUUCUCUGUAUGAUAUUUGCCUCAUCAGCUGCUCUGCUCAAAAUGCUUCCUUUUAUAUUUGUAGUUUUGAAAAAUAA